CGCCGGGCCGGCGCUGCCGUAAAUCGCGGCGGCGGCAGGUCGCGCUGCGCUGGGGCACGCGGCCGGCGGUACGGGAGCCGCGGGGGGCCAUGGCGCUCUACAGCGCUGCGGCCGCCGUGCUGGCGGGGCUGGAGCGCGGCGAGGGCGGCCUCAAGAGCCUCGUGUACAACAGCCGCUUCCCGCACGUGAGGCAGCUGUACGCGCUGGUGUCCGAGACGCUGCGGUACUCGCCGGUGCUGGACGCCCUGCUGGCCGGCGCCGCGCUGCUGCAGGCCGAGAAGAAGCUGCCCCCGCACCUGGCCAAGGUGCUGGUGUACGACCUGCUCUUCGGCAAGGGCCUCAAGUGCGGGGGCCGCUGGAAGGCGCUGGCCCGGCGCCACCGGGCCCGUCUGCAGGCCGAGCUGGCCCGGCUCAAGGUGCAGCGGAAGGUGAGCCGCAACGAGGAUCUCCUGGCCCCGGCGGAGGGAGCAAGCCUGGGAGCCCCCCAGCUACCGCGCUACGUCCGAGUGAACACCCUGAAGACUUGUGUGGAUGACGUGAUUGACUUCUUCAAGCGCCAGGGCUACUCCUACCUGGGCAAGGCAGCCAGCGUGGAGGAACUGAGCUCCCUCUCGGGGAAGAAAUUCCUGUUGGAUCUUCAUCUCCCAGAGCUGCUGGUCUUCCCUCCGCAGACAGACUUCCACAACAACCAGCUUUAUACUUCCGGGCACAUAAUACUGCAGGACAAGGCCAGCUGCCUCCCUGCCUUCCUCCUGAGUCCAGCUGCUGGCUCCCACGUGAUUGAUGCUUGUGCCGCCCCUGGGAACAAGACCAGCCAUGUGGCUGCCAUCCUGAAGAACAAGGGGCAGAUCUUUGCCUUUGACCUGGACACCAAGCGCCUGGCCACCAUGAACACCAUGCUGAUGCGUGCUGGGGUCACCAGCUUUGAGCUGGCCCAGCGGGACUUCCUGACAGUUGAUCCCAGGGACUCCAAGUACAGCAAAGUGACCCAUAUCCUCCUAGACCCGUCAUGCAGUGGCUCAGGGAUGGUGAACCGGGUGCCGACAGAGGAGGCUGCCCCCAGUGCAGAGCGGCUGCAGGCGCUAGCUGGAUUCCAGCGCAAGAUCCUGAGCCAUGCUCUGAGCUUCCCGGCUGUCCGGCGCCUGGCCUACUCCACCUGCUCGGUGCACCAGGAGGAGAAUGAGGACGUGGUACAUGCUGUGCUCCAGGAGCAGGGCUCAGCCUUCAGGCUGGUGAACGUGUUGCCUGCUUGGCCCUGCCGAGGAGUUGCUACCUUCCCUGGAGCUGAAUGCUGCCUCCGAGCCUCCCCUGCAGAGACGCUCACCAAUGGCUUCUUUGUGGCUGUGCUGGAGCGGUGUGGGGAAGAGGCUGCUGUCCCCAGCUCCCUGCCCACAGCAGCUGAGGGGAGCCUACAGCAAGGAAGGGGAGCACAGCCAGGGACUGCUCACAAGAAGAAAAGGAAAAAGCAGCGAGUGAAAGAAUGAACUGGCUUUUCUAGGACUGCACAUGGCCAAGCUCUGUUUGCUUCCGGUAUAGACCUCUCCUGCUGCAGUCACUGCUGUGCUACCUCCCUCGUACUGCAGCAAUGAAAGGCCGGAGGUCUGUCUCUAUCCCUGGACAGUGGGGCCUCUCUGAGCUGGACCUGUAAAGUAAAACUUUGUACCAGUUGCA